CUAUGUCCUGAUUGGCAUUUCACUAUCAAGGAUGGGUGCUGGUCAGAGGCUGAAGGCCUUCAGGACGUGUGCUGCCCACCUGACUGUGGUGUCCAUCUCUUUCACCUCAGCUGCCUUUGUAUACAUUUCGUACAGAGUGACAAACUUUUCACCAGAGGUUCGUAUCAUUGUAGCUGUGCUGUACGCUGCCCUGACUCCUUUCCUGAACCCAGUGAUCUAUAGUCUGAGGAACAAGGAGCUGCAAGAGUCCAUCAGAAGGACACUGGUCAGGUUCAGGCCUGCUACUGUUUUAGCAUCCUGACUGGGAAACCUGCCCUUCUACUAACUGGACACAAGAGAAAAGGCACCUGAGUAAUCAGGCAGCUUAAAUUCCAUCUGAGACUAAAACAUGAUGUUUAUUUCAAUCAUACUGAAAACCUCCUACUUAUUAUGUAUGUUUAAGAUAAAUGUUAAACAUAUUUAAGAUUUAAAAGUACACUUUUUUGUUCUAUACCAUAAGAAAACAUACCAACACAUUCUGCACAACACAGCACAGGAUAUUAAAGUUGUGUCCAAUAUCUGUUUUACCCAGUUUGAUUUCAACAUACCCCAGAUU